AGGCAAUCAGUCAGCAAGCAAUCAGUUUGAAACAUGAGAAAUAUGUUUUUACAUCUCCCUCCCUCCCUCCCUGUGUUGCCCACCUGCUGCUUUACCUCCUUCGGUUUAUUCACCACCAGCAGGACAUGGCGCCUACAGGCCAUUUUUCACUGCAAUAUAAGUUUAUCGUCUGCUUCUCCACCCAGAGAUGUAUCGCUGAUAAACAAAAAGCUGUACCUUGUGCAGCUUAUUCCCUGCACUGAUGGAUACCAACCUGUCCAUGGUGCCAAUGCAGGAAAACACUUGAUUGUUAUUGGAAGUAUUAAUCAGCUGCUUAUUAAGCCUGCAGGAAACACAGCCCAUGAAUUAAUAUGUGGUCAGAUGGAUCCAUCGUUUUCUCCUGUUGCCUAAGGGUUGUACAGAAAAAUCUCACACAAACACAUAAACACUUUUGCACCGGAAGCAGACUUUUCUUAUAUGAAAAGGCUUGGCAGGAAGAAAUUGGCUUUGUGUGAAGUGCUUUAGCAUGAAUGAAAGCCAUAUAUUGUCAAUGGAAUUUCUUCCCUUUCAGGUAAAAAUUCUAAGGAUCCAGGAACAAAUCUAAUUCAGCCAACAUGCCUCUCACAUUCAGAUUCAAAAAAUGAAAGAUUGGAUAUAUGUAUAUAUCAUUUAUAUCUAUCAUUUAUCAUCACCAUCAUUAUCUCUAUCAUCACCAUCAUCUCUGUCUGUCUAUCUGUCUGUCUGUCUAUCUAUCUAUCUAUCUAUCUAUCUAUUUAUCUUAGUGAAAAAUUUUGGUUAAAGCAAACUGUGUUUUAGUAAAAUAUGAGAAUCCAAACAGGCAUAUGUGUACAAUCUCUUUGUUAGGACUAUCUGUAGCUUAUUUUAUCUGCAAAAGAUACAGCUAGUCAGAAACUGCACCAGGUCCAAAUGUCCUUCUGGGGCUCAGGAAUUUCUGUCACCUGGGGAAGCCAAGGCAAUGAAUUCUGCAAGAGAACUGGCUCAGCUCCUGCUUCAAAGGAAAUGGUGCAGUUUUGCAUGGCUUGAGUUUUCUGGAGCUGCCAGACAAUUUCUUCCUGAAGAAAAAACUUGCCUUCUCCCUCCAUGCUCUCCCCACUCCUUCCCGAAGCAAAGGCACUGCGGCUCCUUGGCUUUGCCCAGUCCUGACUAUCUUGCUCCCUGCACCACAAGGUGCUUAGGUUGGGCAUAGUAGAGAAAAUAAAUCUAAUAAAUAAAAUGGACAUUCUAUCCGUUUGCUCCCUGAUCGUUGGAUCUUCAGGUCAAACCCAGUUCAACUCUUUGACUAACCCCAUCAAAUCUAGGUUGACUUUCCAUCACCCAUCUCCUUCCACUUAUGACUGUAACUUUGUUGCUUGUAUCCUUAUGAUUUAUAUUGAUAUUGUUUCCUGAUUGCUUAUUUGUAACCUAUGGCUAUCAUUAGAUGUUGUAUCAUUAAGUGUUAAAUUUGUACCCUAUGACUAUCAUUAAGUGUUGUACCUUGAUGAACGUAUCUUUUGUUUUAUGUACACUGAGAGCAUAUUCACCAAGACAAAUUCCUUGUGUUUCCAAUCACACUUGGCCAAUAAAAAAUUCUAUUCUAUUCUAUUCUAUUCUAUUCUAUUCUAUUCUAUUCUAUUCUAUUCUAUUCUAUUCUAUUCAGCCCAAAAUUUCUGUUGCUAAGUGAGACAGUUGUUAAAUGUUAAGGUGGCUGGGCGGUGUAGCCCUUCAACCAGGCAAACUCUCUGCGCACUCACACACACACACCCUUCCCCAUCCCGUGUGUUGUAAAUGGCUUUCAUUAUAAGCGUGCUUUGCCGACGUGAAUGCCGCAGGGAAAGCGGGGCUUGUUGAAAAGCGGCUGGCGGAAAAAAAACACCUGACGAAUGCCCCGUCCCGCGCAAGCCUAUCUUGGAGGCUCUAGUAGACCCAUCAAUCCAAGCCGGCUUGCAGGAGACGAUGGGAGUAGUGGUGGUGGAAAGUGUGUGGGGAGGGGGGGGGUCAGCGUCCCAAUCGCCGGCCUCGGUUUCCCCGGCUCAAACCACACAGCGUGGUAAACAAGCAAUUAGCCGAGGCGUCCCACUAGGGCCGAAAAGAGCCAUUCUGCUGGAUUUAUCCUCGCAAUAAGCGCGCAAUGCGGCCCCAGACGGCAGCGGCGUUCGCCUCUUGUCAGGGACCGUCGCGGUCCCACUCCGCUCGUCACGGGGAGCUGCCGCAGGGCCCCGCAAACGGUUUCCGCCACCCCUUGUCAUCAAUCCCGCCCCGCGUCUGGGAUGGCAGGAGAUAUAAAGGCGCUGCCAGGAGAAGGGAAGCAGGACGGGUGGGGAGCCGAGAGGCGAGAAGGAGCGGCGGCGCUUCCACCACCACCAUGGACGCUUCCCGCCUUUUGCUAGCGCUGGCCUUGCUUUUCUCGGGCGGCCUGAGGUCGGUGCGGAGUCUCGAGGAGGCGCUCGGCUCCCAAGAACUCUUGGCCGAAGAACCCAAUGGCUACCGGGAGAGGUUUUUAGACUGGAUGCCACAAGAGGGUGAGGACCACACUGGUCAGAGCUUACCCGAUGACCAUCUGCUGGGCAUCCUUCUCCGUACAUUGUUCCAUGCUGUGCAGAGAUCUGGUCGCAGCCCUUCCUUCCUAUUCCAGCCACAGAGGUUUGGCCGUGAAGUCAGGACCAGCAGUUUAAGAAGCGCUGGCCGGAUCAAACCACGGGCUUGGGAUUCUCUGGCCCCUCAGUUUCUGAGUAUGGCUGCCCCACAACGCUUUGGCAAGAAAAAAUGAAGCUGGAAGUAGCAAUCCAGAAAAAAUAAACACCAAAAGUAAUUGCUUCCUGGAUCCUGGCAAACUGGACGCGAGCCACACCUUAAUUUUCUGCUUCUUUAUUUCUGUGUCUUGUCACUCAGCCUUAUAUGAGUGGCCCAUCCCUGUUAAGGACCUGUAUUUUAUUUGUUGUCAACAAUAAUAAAACAACAUUGUUACAUCUUGGAG